UAUAAAAACUGGUAUCUGGGAUAUUUUACUGCAAGAGGAAAAAUCUAUAAUUAAAAAAAACGUAGAACGGGCACAGGGGCGUGUGGGGGUGGUUUAUAAUUAAAAACACGUUUGCACUUGCUUGUUUUGUAUGGGUGGUUUGGGGGAAGGUUUAUUUCGCACGUGUGACAGACGGGACACCCUGAUUGCUGUCCUCUUGAAUACACACAGCGAUGCCGUGUGAAAUGCUUGCAGGGAAUUGUGUUGCUGUGUGAAAGGCCGCGCAUAUUAUUAAUAACAUCACCUCCCCGAGCCGGCGCACAUCUGGCGGAGAGAUACGACUCGCCCCCCCCCCCCCUUUUUUUUGUAUUCCCGGAGGAGAAACCAAAUAAGAGAAGAGAGGAGAAUGAAUGCCAUUACAUUGCAAAAGACCGAAAUGCUUCUGCACGCAGCAAGAGCGGUCUGCCUACAGUAACUGCACAUACAGAGAAGCGAGAACGCCACGAGAUUGUAACGACCAUGUAUAACUAAGCAGUUUUUUUUUUUUUUUGGUUUGUUUGUUUUUUUCUCUUCCUUACAAGACCAGUUUUUCAGGAUCGAGGGAGUGCAUUGGCCGCUCUUGUGAAUUGUGAAAUGCGCUAGGAGUAAUCCGAGACCGUGAGGGCGUUUUGUGUUCCAUUGUGUUCGAUCACUCGACGCGGAAUUGCAUUGCAAUAGAAGCAAAGGGAGCGGAGCUUGGAUUUGAUUCGGUCGAUUUGAAGACGGGUAAACACGGCGGUGGACGCUUGGAAGAGACGGAGGAGCCGAUAUUUCUUCACCAUCCUUGUUUCUAAUACCGAGGAUGACAUUCAAAGGGAGAAAACACCUGUAAACGAAGCGUCUUAUCAGAACCCCUCCCCCCCUUCCGUGCGAAAUAUUAAUAAUAUUCUGAGGCUUUGAUAUAGGAAACGCUACACAUACACAAGCGCGCGGAGUGUUCAGGAAAUUAUUAACAUGAGACUUUAACGAGACUUUUUUUAAAUAUAUAUAUUUGUAUUUUUAUUUUGAAAAAUGCUCAUGGCAUCGGCCGUUGUGGUUUGGGAAUGGCUGAACGAGCACGGCCGCUGGCGACCCUACAGCCCGGCCGUGUCGCAUCACAUCGAAGCGGUGAUCCGAGCAAACCCGCGGGGAGGGAGCGUGGUUCUCGGGCAGGCUGACGGGAAGCUGGCCCCCUACCUCAUCGACCUGCAGUCCAUGCAACAGUUCAGACAAGACACGGGCACGUUGCGUCCCGUCCGCCGCAGUUUCUAUGACCCCACGUCGGCCCCGGGGCAGGGCGUGGUCUGGGAAUGGGAGAACGAUUCGGGCUCGUGGACCCCCUACGACAUGGAGAUCGGGAUCCCCAUCCAGGCGGCCCGGGACAGGCAGCAGCCCUGGCUGGACCUGACCCCCAUCGGCUUCUGCUACAUCAUUGACUUCACCUCCAUGAGCCAGGUCAACCGCCAGACUCAGAGGAGACGACGCAUCCAACGCAGGCUGGACGUGGCUUACCCGUUAGUGAGCGGGACCCUGCCCAAAUCCCAGUCCUGGCCCGCCGCUGGGACUGGCACAGCGGGAGGAGCAAGCAGCAGCGCCAACGUUACCCCCACCACCCCACAGCCUCCCUGCAACUGCCAGCAGUGCCUUCUGGUGAUGAGCGUUAAGGCAGCAGCUACUGCCGCCUCUACUCUCAGCCCGCAGGGCCGCAAAGGCAAAGGGAGCCCCAGUCUGGGAGCCAGGAACGGGAGCCCCAGGUCUUCCUCUCUCGCCGCUGCUGCAGGAGGGACUCGCGGAUCUGCCAGCGCCAGCGCCCCUGUCCUGUCUUCCGCUGGUCCGCUCAGCCCCAGGGCGGUUAAGGCUCCCGCAGCCAGCACAGGCACCCUGUCCCGCGCCGGUCUCGCCACGUUGAGCCGCCCUGCGCUCCAGAGGAUUGCCAUGGCGCAGUCCCGCGCCCUCAUCGCUUCGGGGGUGCCCACGGUACCAGUAAAGAACUUAAAUGGUUCCAGUCCAGUUCACCCAGCGCUGGCAGGUAUCACAGGGAUUCUGAUGAGCGCGGCCGGUCUGCCCGUGUGUCUGACCCGCCCCCCCAAACUGGUCCUGCACCCCCCGUCUGUGAGCAAGAGCGACAUGAAGCCCGUCCCGGGGAUCGGAACCUCCUGCCGCAAGACCAGCAAGAAGCAGGCACGCCAGGGUAAAACUCCGGAGGAGGUGGUGAAGAAAUACCUUCAGAAAGUGCGGAACCCCCCAGAAGAGGACUGCACUAUCUGUAUGGAGAAGUUAGCCUCUCCAUCCGGCUACAAGAAUGCUCCCGGUCAGCCACUGGUCAAGCCAGACCUGGUGGGCAAGCUGACCAAAUGCGGCCACGUCUACCACCUGCACUGCCUGGUGGCCAUGUACAACAAUGGCAACAAGGAUGGCAGUCUGCAGUGUCCCACCUGUAAGACUAUCUACGGGGUGAAGACAGGCACCCAGCCCCCCGGCAAAAUGGAGUACCACGCCAUCCCCCAUUCCCUCCCGGGACAUCCCGACUGCAGAACCAUCCGAGUCAUCUACAACAUUCCUCCAGGGAUUCAGGGACCCGAACACACAAACCCGGGGAAGCCUUUCACUGCACGGGGAUUCCCUCGACACUGCUACCUCCCUGACAAUGAGAAGGGACGCAAGGUGUUAAAGAUGCUGCUGGUUGCCUGGGAUCGGCGGUUGAUCUUCACCGUGGGGGUUUCCAGCACCACGGGAGAGUCCGACACGGUCAUCUGGAACGAAGUCCACCACAAGACGGAGUUCGGCUCGAAUCUCACCGGACACGGCUUCCCCGAUCCCAACUACCUGGACAACGUGCUGGCGGAGCUGAGCGCCCAGGGCAUCACGGAGGAGAGCAUCCGGGAAUGAGGGAGGGGGGAGCCCACACAGAGUGGAGAGCAGGGCUGCGAGAGAGUGGGACAGCAGGGAUGGGAAUGAGACUCCCGCUGCAUAGCGGCUUCAUCCACCAUGAGUUUCACACACAAACUCCAGAGCUUGUUACCUAGACACACUGGGGGCUGAUCAAGCUGGUAGUAAAACCUGGAAUGGGUGACACUGCUGUGCAAUAGGAGUCGUAUUACCAUCCCUGCAAUGUAAUUCCAGUACCGACCAACUGCAGUUACAAUGUAAUUCCAGUUUAGACCAGUCCAGUCCAGUCCAGUCCUGUCCAGUCUAGUUGUAUUCCCCUACAACCCCCUUCCAGUUUAUAGCAGGUGAUUAUGGCCCAUUCUGUACCAUGCACCCCUCGGUUCUCGCAAAGUGGUAUGGUCAGUACGUUGUUUCUUAACCUGAAGUUCGGUACGGCCUCUGAUAUUCGGGGCUUCGCAUUAACGCUGCCUCCUAGUGGUGGGAGGGUUGCGUUGCACUUCCAAUGCAGUGUUCUGUAAAACGGGUUUAAAUCCUUGUGAGUUUUUAAUUGGCUGUUUUUAAAUCUGAUAAAACAUAUACUUGAUAUAGUGUAACUUAUCUGUAUAAAGUUGUUAUCUAGUGCGCUGGGCAGAGCCUGGCUGUGCUGUACUGUACGCAGGGCAAUGCUGGCGAGGCCACACUGUAGAACACUGAUAUACAACCCUACAGCAGCUACCCAACAUGGCAUCUGUAUAAAUCUGUACUCUAGCACAAUAGGGCUAGGCUUGCGUGACCAUUCCAUUUAAUAAACCUGACAGCGAUACCUUGCAUUGGGAGUGUGAUGUUACCACAGUGCCAUCUAGUGUCAAGGCGAGGUACUGCCAUGGCAGUGUUAUAAUGGGCUUCAGAACGUCAGUGAAUUACAGUCUGUGUAUCUGAAGUGACCGACGGCAAUUCAAGUUGGUAGAGACGCGCUUUUAAAAGUGUGUUUUGAGAAGGAUGCAUUCUUGAUCCGGAAAAUGAAAACUGUGAUUGGAUACUUGCUGAUUUUAUGUGAAUGCUGCUUUUUUUAUUUUAUAUAUUUCGCUAUCACUGCCAUAUCAAGUUGAGAUCCAGUCCACCCCAGUUUGGUCCAGUUUAGGACCGGUUUUAAGCCUGUACUGUAACGUAUGAAAUGUUUCUUUUGUAGGUAUCUCUGUAACAGAACUGACUCUUUGUUUUCCAAUUCUUCUUCUUCGUCAUCUCCUCUCUCCUCUCUCCUCUCUCUCUCUCUCCCCCCUCUCUCUCUCUCUCUCUCUCUCUCGUAAGAUGCGGAGAACAAAAAAUGUAAAAUGAAAAAAAAGAUAAAUGUCUGUCUAGUAGCUGGAGGUCGAAUGUUUAGCAGUCUGAUGUUUGGGUGGCUCACUUUUCAGUGAAGAAAUUGAUUAGAAAAAAACAUUGCUUCUGUAGUUUUGAUUCGUUCUGCAUGUGAAAUCAAAGCCACUGGAAAACUAGGAAAAUUGGCAGGCAAAUUAGCGAUGGUCAAAUUGAAUUGAUGACUUUAAUAGGCUACCCAUGCAAUUCAUUUCAAACAGUCAGAGAAAAGGAACACAGAGCCUAUAUAUAUAUAUAUAUAUAUAUAUAUAUAUAUAUAUAUAUAUAUAUAUAUAUAUAUAUAUAUAUAUAUAUAUAUAUAUAUAUAUAUAUAUAUAUAAUGUAUGUGUGUGGACAUUUUUCCCCCAGUUGAAAUCUACAUAUGGGUUUGUUUUAAAAAGAGGAACUAUUUGUUGCUAGCACUCCGUUGAGGGAGGGAAGCUGUAGCGUGACACCCAGCUUAUACACUGUUUUGGUAUUCUAGCUAAUAAAAUAUUUCAGGAUUGUCAAUACAGCCGCCCAGUACGUUUCCAACCAGUUGUCUUUGGGACAGAAAUGUACUUCCGCUUAAACAACGCCUCCCCCUUGUGGACAUAGUGAAUACUGCAGCGAUGUACUGUGUCUCAAAGACAGUGUUAUGUUGUUUUCGAUUUAAGACGUUGAAUGGCGUUUGGUGACGUGCAUUGCAAUACUAAAACUAGUCACAAUGAUUGUAGGACAGUUAUGGGUAAGGUAGGUGUAGAAAGUUUUAGAAAUGUUGAUGUGAUGGUGAGAGAGGGAGAGUUUACAGCCAAAGACUAGAGAAAGGGAUGGAGUGAGAAUAAAAAGGAGAGGGUGAGGGAGGGAGGGAGGGCAGCCAGUUAGAAAGAGGGAAUGUGACAACCAAAGAUAUCCACUAGGUGGGGCUGUUGUGCCAAGUUUGCUCAGUGAACUCAGCAAUUUUGAAUGCAAAUAAUAAUAAUAAUAAUAAUAAUAAUAAUAAUAAUAAUAAUAAUAAUAAACACUAAUUUAGGCAUUAACUAAACAUUGUUUUAAUUAUGUCCGCAGUAUGAGGCACGCCUAUAGCUUUUCUAUUAAACCAACGGUGAGAAUCGCUUUUAAAAUGAGAUAUUUAAGAUUUUAAAAUGAAUUUUCUUUACCUCUUAUGAAGCUGAGGGAGUUCAUUCUAUAGAGGGGGUGGAAUUCAAUAUGUUAACAAGGGAACAUUAUUCAGCAGCUUUCACUGGACUCUAUGAAGCUGAGGGAGUUCAUUCUAUAUAGAGGGGGUGGAAUUCAAUAUGUUAACAAGGGAACAUUAUUCAGCAGCUUUCAUUGGACUCUAUGAAGCUGAGGGAGUGAGUUCUAUAUAGAGGGUGUGGAAUUCAAUAUGUUAACAAGGGAACAUUAUUCAGCAGCUUUCACUGGACUCUAUGAAGCUGAGGGAGUUCAUUCUAUAUAGAGGGGGUGUGAUUCAAUAUGUUAACAAGGGAACAUUAUUCAGCAGCUUUCACUGGACUCUAUGAAGCUGAGGGAGUUCAUUCUAUAUAGAGGGGGUGGAAUUCAAUAUGUUAACAAGGGAACAUUAUUCAGCAGCUUUCAUUGGACUCUAUGAAGCUGAGGGAGUGAGUUCUGUAUAGAGAGUGAUACAAAACAUGUGGCCACAGCUGUAUAAUAUGGCUAAUGCUACUAAGAGGUAAUGGUUUCAGUCCGCCCCACAUCCUUCUGCUAAACAACCUCGAUGACAGACUCAAAGUAAUGGUUGUCGUGACCAAACCGUGUGUGUGAUUUUUUUUUGUUUCCUCUCUCUUUCUUUCCCUGUUCUGAUCACGAUGUAUUUUUAAUUAAAAAAAAAAUGUAUGACGAUGUUUUAAAGGGGGCGUGUCGGUGUGACACGUGGUUCCUCGCUGUAUCUG